AUGUCCAAAGCGCGACCCAUUCACACCAUACACCGAGAGUUGGAUGAAGCACCACAUGAAGCGGAACCCAGCUUUUCGUAUGAGCGGAACUCCUUUUUAUUCACAGCGGAAGAGGCAUUGGAAGAUGAAUUUCAUCGCAAGCUGUCCGCCAACAACAACAGCAGUAACAACAAUCCCCGGCCGCCCAAAAGCGAAAUUACUACUUCCAAUAUUGGUGGUCCUUCUGUUCCCACCGCACCUUAUCCAUUGUCGAGUUUAAAUUCUUCAAAUGGCGGCGGCGGCGGCGGCGGUGGAGGAGGCGGUGGAGGAAGCGGUAGUGGCAGUUUCAGUCUAGCAUCAAAUGGUGGUGGUGGUGGUGGUGGUGGUGGAAAUAAUAACAAUGGAGGAGGAGUCUCGUCGUUUUGGCGGACCAAGGGCUCGACACCCAAUUCCUCUCCGGCCAUGGGAUCCAUAAGUCGGCACAAGUCUCCAAGUGUCACUUUGAAUCUGAGAAGGGAAGUAUCCGAGUCGCUUUCUGUCAGUACCCAUAGUACCAGCGGAAGGGCCAGUCGAUCUUCCAACACGGAUUACAGUGGACGAACCACGGAUUACAGUGGACGGACCAGCAUUCGGAGCAUUAGCGGAGGAAACUCGAGUCGGGCCUCUGGUGGUGGAGGCGGUAUUGGAGCAGCAUUGUUAUCAUCACCACCGCAGCAUCCGGAUUCUCAACGAUCCAGAUCGGUUCCGACGCCAGACGAUUUUGCGCAUCAUCCGGGUAUGAUCAAGCGAUCCAUAUCGGCCUUGUCGCAAAACUCCAACAAGAAGAAGAAUGCUACCAAAGCACGAGCCCAAGCUCGACGCAUGAAGUAUGAUCAAAUGCAGGGAAUGGACAUUGGGCACGAUAUAGUAUCUGAUAUUGACGAGGACCAAAAUGAUGAGCGUUACGCACCACUUGGCGAGCGUUACGAACCACUCAAACAUGAUGAGCACGGCCCUAUCACAAUUGAUCAUAAUGGUAGCAGUGAUCAUGGUACGUCGUUGAUUUUUGGUCACAUUGCCAGGCCUACGGAAGACAGCAAUAUUCGAAAUUCUUCCAUUGGUACUGCCACGUCUGCUGGAAUGUCAUCCCAAACGUCGGCGAGUGCGAGCAUAGACUCGACGAUAAUAAACAGCCGGAUGGACGGAAGCAUAGGGAACAACAACAACCAGACCAACAACAGCUAUCACAAUGAAAGAAGUACGGGAACCAACAGCUAUUACAAUGAGAGAAGUUUAGGAGGGAGUACCAAUGGAAAUACGACGAGUGCAGGAUCGAGCGUCUUGUUUGGCAAGUCGUCAUCUCUCAUUUUUCCAACCGGCGUGGAUCCACCAGUCGAUGUCCAAGAACGAGCCUACAACCACAAGAGACACAAAAUUAAUACCCUCUUGGAUGCCUGCGACUCGAUGAGAUUUCCAUUCAAAAAGAAACUCAUCUUGAGCAACUUGGAUUUGACUGCGGCAGAUGUUCCAGUAAAGGACUUGUACAAUACAUCUCUGGGAAAUAGCCUGCACAAAUUGUCACUCUCUGGAAACCCACUGACGACGGUCCCGCCAAAGCUAGUCACCUGCCUGCCCGUCUUGAAAAACUUGGAUUUGUCACAAUGUGGAUUGCAUCAGAUCCCAGAUCAGUGGUAUCUUCCCCAAUUGAGGCAAUUGAAUUUGUCCCAUAAUCGAUUGACCGACUUUCCAGAAGAAACCAUGUUGGAAGGCCUACCGGAACUCCAGCAACUGAAUAUGUACGGAAAUAAAGUAUCGGAUAUUAUUGUGCCACAAAACCCAAAAUUGUUGUCCAAACUGGAACUGUUGAACUUGGGAUAUAAUGAUUUAUCCUAUUUGCCCGCAGACUUGGACAGUCUAAAGUCGCUGCGGACUUUAAAGGUGAUGAAUAACUUGCUAGAGUUGAUUCCGAUGCGGGUUUGCGAUAUGGAGCUCAAGUCGAUCGAUGUGUCAAGUAACCCUGUCGUCCAACCUCCAAUUGAAACUUGCGAGCGUGGAAUUGCCAGUAUGAAGCGAUAUUACCACUGCCUGCGAAUGGAAGAUAAGUCCAAAGCUAAGCUACGCGAUGCACAAGCAUUGAGGAGCGCCAAGAAACAAUCAAGGGGCAAGCGAGGAUUUGGAAUUGGGUCCCUCCCAAAGUUGCUGAAGUCUCCACCUUCAUGUGGAAUUGCCAAAAAGACACCCGAUGAUAGUUCCUCCGUGAGUCAGUCUUUCAGUGCGAAAAUCAGCGCUCAACAACAGUUCGACAGCAUUGGGCCGGUGACAGCACGCUCGGGCUCAGAAGGGAUCCUACCCCGCAGCAUCACAUCGAAGAACGUGAUUCGCUCCCUAAGUCUCGACCAGGCGGCAAUUGAUAAAAAGCAGGCAAUGUCGUCAGGCGAGUUAAGUUGUGCCGAAGAACGUUCGUCUCUGGAAUUUGGAGGGUCGUCACUAGGCCUGCAGGACGAAAUUACCGUAAACGAUACGCUUAAAGUUAUUUUUGUGGGAAUGGCAAUGGUUGGAAAGACUUCCAUGAUCAAGCGAUUCAUUGAAGGAGAAGAUGCGGUGAUACCCAAAAGAGAUGACAGAACCGUUGGAGUUGACAUUUACGAAUGGGACCCAAAGAAUGACAAGCGUUACGAACAUAUCGAUACUCGCAUUGCCUUUGGCGACCAAGAGCUACAACAGGAGAUGGGCGACACGAAUGUGAAAUUCAGUGUUUGGGAUUUUGCUGGACAGCAUGUUUACCACGCUACCCACCAGCUUUUCUUUUCACAGCGCGCAUUGUACGUAUUGGUGUGGGACAUGGGAGCUACGAAUGAUGCUACGAAACAGCGAAAGACAGAACGUGAUAAUGACAAGGGAACAUUCAGCUUGAGUUACGAUUCCGAUGAGGACUCGGAAGAAGACAACGAUGGGCUGGGGCUAUUUUCUGCUGAAGAAGAAGUUCGAAGAGCAGAUAGAGCUCUAGAGAGAGAUAUAGACGAGAAAGUGCAAUUUUGGGUCGACUGUAUUCAGUCAAGUGCUCCGGGAGCUGCUAUUCUUCCUGUUGCUAGCUUUGACGACUAUUUUGAUGCCGAUGGAGGCCAAGAGGCCAGCCGACGCUGUGAGAUCAUGAAGCAGCGUUUGCUGAAACACGAAGAGAAGCGGAUCCAAGGUAUCAAGGAUCGCCUCAAGAAGUAUGUUGACAACAAUCGAGCUCAUGAAGAAGGAGCACAACGAUUACGCAAGCUGCUAUCGUCAUACACACGUCCAAAGUUAAUUUUUGGAAAUGACGGAAAGAGCAGCGUGCUUCGUGUCAGUGGAACCAAGUUUACUGGAUUUGAAAAUCUAACGCAAAGAGUGAUUGAUAUCGCAACAGGACGAGACAAGUGCAAUAUGCGAUAUCCAAUCUUCAGAGGUCACGUUGGCGCUCGAAUUCCUCACAUGCGACUUGAAGUCAGAGAUGCUGUGAGGCAAAUGCGUGAUCGUUUCAAGGUGGUCGAAUGGGGUUAUUUCCUGAAUCAACUUCGAGAGCAAGGUCUAUCGAAUGUGGAGGACAUCAGUGACGCACUCCAUUUCUUGGCAAAUAUCGGAGAAUUAUCCUAUUUUGGGACCAUUUUGCCUGAUGGCCAAUACCCAGCAAUAGGCGAGGAUGUAGGGCAAGCUUUAAGGCGGGCGUCGUAUAAUUCUAUUAAUCUAGUUGCGGAGAAUGGUGAUAUGAGUGAUGAAGACGACGACGAUGACGAACCUCUCCUAUCUAUCGAUGAUACCACGUUCACAACAACAUUGGCAUCCACUGAGGAUGCAUCCAUGACAACAGCUGCUGAUUCAGUCGUCGGCGGGUUGUCUCAAUUUGUCUUUCUCAAUCCAAGAUGGCUUGUUGCAGCGGUUGCUUGUAUCUUGCGUCAUGAUUUGGACCAAGAGAUUCAUGAAGCAAAGCGUGUUUUGAACAAACAGCAGAAGAUGGUGAACAGAUCCAAUAGUUUUUACGAAGCAAAUUUGAACUGUCCAGUCAUCACCGCCGAUGACGCUUGCAUGCUUUGGCAGGCCAAGAAAUUCACGAAGAAAGCUGCCGAGAGAGCGUCGGAAUACUCGAACAAUAUGACACUUAAGCCCUUUGAAUUCCUCCAGCUGCUGCUAAUUCGCUUCGGCGUUUUCGUUCCCAUAGAUCUCGGGAUCGACAAGGCAUAUCUCGGAGGAAAGGAGUACUCUUUUUCUCAUCUUGCUCAUGACAAUGAUGACACACCUGCCGAGAUAACUGUUUCCCAGCCAGAUCACGAUUUGAAGGCAAGGUACUUUUUUCUUCCUAGUCUUCUAGGACCUGGAGAACCAGCUGAAGCCUGGACAUUCAAGUGCACUGAUUCAUGGAAAGCGACUCUUUGUCAUUCAAUAUUAUUCCCGGACGGUGUGCCUCCAGGACUAAUGGAAAGGAUUACAGCAUCUGUGCUGAGCAACAUCUACAGUAUUUCUACUCUUAGCCAAACCAGAGGCCCACGUACAGCCCCACUAAUCGGCGGGGGGAGGCUUGCAGUCAAGGAAGUACUCUGCUGGAGAACAGCAUUUCUCGUGAAACUAGGGCUUCAAACAGUUUCAUCAUCCAGCGAUGGUGCAGAUCGGGUCAGCGAAAGUGUCGUCGAAGUAUUCUGCGUUCUGGUCGAUCGGGACUCUCACUUGUGCGUUGGCUCCGACUACAUGUCUGUUGGCUCGCAAAGACUCAUUAUGAGUGCCAAAGGACAGGAAGGCAAUGGGGGCCACAAAAUCUGGAAUGGUGGAUAUCUCUUGGUUGUCAAAGCUGUGCAGCGUGUGAUGGAAGAGUACGGAGGUCUUGAGUUUGAGCGACAAGGAUUCUGCCCUGACUGUCUUGCAAAGAAGGCGAUCCAUGACGCAAGAUAUUGGGACCUCACAGUCGUUCGGGCUGCAGUGAAGAAUAGAGACUCUACCAUAAGGUGCAAGCAUGGUCACCGGGUGGAUAUUCGAUUAGUCGCUGGGCCUCUAGAUGUGCCUGCUAUUCCAAGACCACUAGCCUCAGCUUUGGACGGGUCUGGAAGUGAUCUUAAAUUUCCUAUCAAUCAUCUUUUGCGCGCAACAGUUGUUGUUGCGCUAUGGAACAGCAAGACCAGACAAGUUGUAAGGUGCGGUUCUGGAUUCAUUGCUGACAAAAAGCGUGGAUUAAUUGUCACCGCAAGUCACACACUCAUGAAUAUUUGGGGGGACAAGAAUACACCGUUCGGAGAAGAUUAUGAUGGCUUGAGAGACGGCAAAGCAUUAAUUGGUGUCAUCACUAAGUCAAAGAGUGAAGAAUCAAGUACUGAGGCGGUAUUUCGAUAUUUCGCCAAAAUUGUGAGCAAGGAUCCGAAUAUUGAAAGAGGUGUUUGCCAUUUGGAUGCUUGCGUUCUUAGAAUUACAACAAGAAUGGAACGCGAUGUAUCAACAAGAAUCGAAGAGUGUGCUGAGCUACCAGAAAGAUUGCUUCUUGGAAACACUCACGCUAUGAAGCAAGAGGGGCUGGCUCAAUUGAAAUUGACUAACAGAUGUGAAUUGGACGAACAAGUUAGAAUCUUCGGUUACAAUCAAGGGGGUGAGGGAGUUUUUGGACCGGGGGAAACGCUCAAUCGCUACGUGGACUUCGCCCGUGGAUAUGUCUGCAAGAAAUUUGCUGCAGGCGAAGGCAAUGAUAACGUGCGCCAUCGUUUCAAACCACGAGAGGAAAUUGUAGUACUUUGCCCCACUAUUGGCGGCCACAGUGGUGGACCAUGUGUGAACCAACAAGGUGAAGUCAUCGGAAUAUUGAGCAGAGCAGAUCCAGCUGAGAACCAGAGAUGUUACUUGGUGCCCACCUAUGAAUGGAAAGCUCUUUUGAAAGAAGCCAAAAGAAAAGGUUGA